CUGCCAGCGAGCGGCACUCAAAUUGUUAUGUAUGUAUUUUUUGUUAAUCUAAAGCAAUAUAUAAAAGGUUUUUAGAAGAACCAUUGUUCGCUAGAAUUUUAUUUACACGUAAAAGGAUUCUCUUCAUUUCGAGUUUAGCAUAGAGUUUGAUGGUGCAUUGUAGGCCGACAUCACUGUCCCAGUUCACAAAACUCUCGGUUGCUCAGCGCAUAUGUUGAAUCGGCGUCAUCUCACCGACAUGGCGGGAGAUCAAAGUUGACUCCACACUUGUCCACGGCGACCUAGAACCUGACACGCACUGUCAAUUGGCCGAGCACUCGCAACCUCCCAGUGACCGGUCCGAUGGUCACCAGCUGGCAGGCGGCAUCCGCCAGUCUGAACUCGAGAGAGUAUCUCUGAUACCAGGGUAUACCAUAUUCGUGUGGGUUUGCAGUUGUUGUGGGAGCAUUUCUAUGGUGCCUCCACAGGAGGAACCAGUUCUCCAUUGCAACCCAGUUGAGAAUCAUUCGGCUUUCACUCACAUCCGAUCCGAUUCGAUUCGAUGAAUGAUCCGAGUGCAGCUUGGACGUAUCUCACGGAUCCAUACCGGCAACUUACUUACUUCUUACUACUUGCUGAUGAGUUAUGUAGGAAGGAAAAUGCAUUUUACGCGACUCGUAUAAGUUCAAAUGUCUCUGCGAUCGACAGCGAUGUUUUUCCAGUUUUCCCAGUACGCAGUAAAAAAAAGUUGCAUGCCGGUACGCCGGACUUGGGCGCAAUUAAUUCAAUCUUGAACUUGCACCCCUCACCAGAGGAUAAAUAGGCCCGCCUCUUGGCCGGAUUCCGUCAGUUCUCGCUUGGCUAAACCGGAGUACAGAGAUUACGGACUACGGAAAACGGACUACGGAACACGGCGAAAUGCAGUUAACCAGUGCCUCUGUGUGCCUCUUGUGGAUGGGUCUACUCAGCUGGGUGUCCCACAGAAUCGAUGCCUCCCAAGGAUUUCCAUCGCCGCUGAAGCGCUGCAAGCUGCAGGAGGAGUCGUGCUUGGUGGCGCAGGCGCAGACCUUCUUCCAGGCUUUCAAGAAGGGCAUUCCGGAGCGGCAGGUGGCCGCACUGGAGCCCAUUGACUUGGGCACGAUGCGCAUCGAGAGCGGCGGCCACUCGGAAUCGCUGAAGUUCAAGCUGGUCAUGAGAGAUGCCAAGCUGUAUAAUCUGGCCAACUCGGUGGUGGUCAAGAGCCUGAAGGGCUUCACCAAGGACCUGACCAAGCCGCUCAAGCUCACCCUGCUCAUGGACACCCCGGAGCUGGAGGUGCGGGCCAAGUACGAUGUGGACGGCAAGCUGCUCAUCCUGCCCAUCGUCAGCAAGGGCGACUUGACCAUCCGGAUGAACGAGGUGCAGACGAAGUCGCGUAUUACCGCGGAGCCAGUGAAGCGCUCCGAUGGCCACAGCUACCUCAACAUCACCGACUACAAGACGAUCACCAAGAUCAAGGGUGGCCACUUUGACCUGUCCAAUCUGUUCGACGACAACAAGGAUCUGCGGGAGAGCACCCUGAAGGUGCUGAACCAGGAGUGGAACACCCUGGCCCUCGAUGUCCAGCCGAAGAUCAAUGAGGCGUGCUCCAAGGCCUUCAGGGCCAUCCUCCAGAGUCUGUGGGCCAACAUACCCUACGACGAGUUCUUCGAAGCGGAAUGAACGCAUAU